AUGGACGAGAAUCCUGUAGAUGAAGUUUCUGUUGGUUUUGUAGAUGCUCAACAACUCCUGCAAAUUGCAACAUCUUCUGACGAUGCAACAGAAAGCGGACAACAGCUGGAAACCUCUAUUUCCACCAAUAGUGUCAACAAUGAACAAGAAGAAGGUGUGACAUCAAACAGAUCCGAGUUAGACUACACUAGUUUGGGGUUGGCAUUCAAAACCAUUGAGGAAACAAAACAAUUCUACAAGAACUAUGCGCACGAUCUUGGCUUCAGCAUGAGGGACAUGGGAACUGUCAAACCUUCUACAAAACGCCAGCUAACCAAAAUAGCAUGA